UCAUCGACUGCGGCUCUGAGGGGAUUUGUGCUGUAGUUUGUCAGCUGUCAUUAGGAGCAGAUGACACAGGAGGUAAUCUGCUGUUUGUGCAUGUCCUUGCUCCAGCAUGUGCCUCUGUCUACAUCGCUGCGUAGCGUGUACAGCGCUGUGACUGCCUGUCUGCCUGGGCUCAACGUUAACCAGGCUAUAUGGGAGGGCUUCUCCUGUUUUUGCUGUGAAACUGAAUCUACAGUAGCCAUGGGUCAGACAUUGUUGAUUUAUGGACCCAUGUUUGGUCAAAGGGUUGGUGAUAUUUGCUGAAGAUGAGUAGUGCGGGGGACAACACCCCCGACCCUGCUGCCAGGGGAGAGUCUCUGAAGCGGAAAGAAUGUGGCCCGGACCUCCUGGGGCCCAGCCCCAAGCGGAGCACGGAAAAACCAAACCGGGAGCAUGAAAACAAAUACAUUGAAGAACUGGCGGAGUUGAUCUUUGCAAACAUCAACGACAUUGACAACUUCAAUGUCAAGCCUGACAAAUGUGCAAUCUUGAAAGAAACUGUGAAGCAGAUUCGUCAAAUAAAAGAGCAGGAGAAAACAACUACUGCCAAUGCAGAGGAGGUACAGAAAGCACACGUCUCGUCAACAGGCCAAAGUGUUAUUGACAAAGACGCUCUUGGACCAAUGAUGCUCGAGGCGCUGGACGGGUUCUUCUUUGUGGUGAACAUGGAGGGGAACAUUGUGUUUGUGUCGGAGAACGUGACUCAGUACCUGCAGUAUAACCAGGAGGAGCUGAUGAACACCAGCGUCUACAGCGUCCUGCACGUAGGAGACCACGCAGAGUUCAUCAAGAACCUGCUGCCCAAGAGCCUGGUGAACUGCAGAGCACCGCGGUCCAGUGAGAACCCCAACAGGAAUAGCCACACGUUUAACUGCCGCAUGCUGGUCAACCCCCACGGGCCCUGGGAGGGAGGUGAGCAGGAGCCCCAGGACCAGGAGGUGCAGCAGAAGUAUGAGACCAUGCAGUGUUUUGCCGUGUCCGAGCCAAAGUCCAUCAAAGAGGAGGGAGAAGAUUUCCAGUCUUGCCUGAUCUGUGUAGCACGAAGGGUUCCUGUCAAAGAGAGGCCCAUGCUCCCAACGUACGAGAGCUUUACCACCAGGCAGGAUCUCCAAGGUAAGAUCACGUCGCUGGACACCAGUCUGCUGAGAGCCUCCAUGAAGCCAGGCUGGGAGGACCUGGUCAGGAGGUGCAUCCAAAUGUUCCACCUGCAGAACGACGGGGAGAUGUCAUUUGCCAAAAAGCAUCAGCAAGAAGUCCUGAGACAGGGCCAUGCGUUCAGCCCUCUGUAUCGCUUCUCCCUGUCCGACGGUACCAUUGUGUCGGCCCACACCAAGAGCAAGCUGGUGCGCUCCCCUGCCACCAACGAACCUCAGCUCUACAUGUCCCUCCACAUCCUCCAGAGGGAGCAGACGAUAUGUGGGAUGAACCAAGACAUGUCUGUCCAGGGACAGGGGAUGGGGAAGCAGCCAAUGAACACUGUGUCUUCACUGACUCCUCCCAGUGUGGGUGGGCUGUCCCCAGGGUUGGGGGGACAGGACACGAUGGUUGGCAGCAAUACUAACAUGGCCACCAUGGGUGGACGUUACAGAUGCCAGGGGGCUAUGAACCGUUCUCCCACUCCUCGGGGUAGCAGCAACUAUGCACUCAAGAUGGGGAUGAACAGCCCUUCGCAGGGCAGCCCCAGUGUGACCUCUCAGGGGGGUCAAGGUGGCGGUGGUACCAUGCUGUCCCCACGCCACCGCCAGAGCCCCAGUGUGGCGGGUUGCCCCCACGCUCCUCCCACAGGACCCUUCUCCCCGACGGGCAGCCUGCACUCUCCACAAGGGGUGUGUAACAGCACAGGGGUGGGGAACAACCACAGUGUCUACACUGGUAACAGCUCCCUCAAUGCACUUCAGGCCCUCAGCGAAUGCCACGGGGUCUCCCAGCAGGGGCAGUCCAUAGGGUCACCUGACAGGAAGCCAGGCAACAUGAUGCAGAGUCCCCCUGGUAGUGGUGGAGCUAGCAGCACUAGUAACCUCAACCUCAACUCCAGCCAGCUGGCCAACCACAGCAGCUGCACGUCUGAGAUGUUUGGAGCGUAUGGGGAGCAGUCCCAGCCAGACGGGGAGGAGAGGGAGAACGUGGAGCAGAGGAAGUCGAAAGAUGACACCCUCAAGCCUUUUGGAGGAUCAGGAGGAGAGCUGACCGAGGCCCAGAAAAGGCUCCUCAACAGUAAGGGCCACACCAAGCUCCUGCAGCUACUCACCAACAAGUCAGAGCACAUGGAGCCCUGCUCGCCCCACGGGGCCCCUGGGGGAGGGGAGCCCAACUGGAAGGAUCCCGGGAUGGGACCAGGGGGCCACAACAACCACUCCACCUCGCUGAAGGAGAAACACAAGAUCCUCCAUAGACUCCUCCAGAACAGCACGUCCCCGGUGGAGCUGGCCAAGCUGACGGCUGAGGCCACGGGGAAGGAGCUGGGUCAGGGCCAGCAGGACCAGGGAGGACCAGACAGUAUGGCUGCCACCAUGGCUGAGAUGGCCACCAAGCAGGAGCCCAUCAGCCCCAAGAAGAAGGACAACGCGCUCCUGCGCUACCUGCUGGACAAGGACGACAACACCAUGCAGGAGAAAGGCAUCAAGAUGGAGCCCGGGACAGAGAUGAAGCUGGCCAAUGUGAAGACUGAGAAGCACGACCCGGGAUACAACAUGGCAGACCAGUCUAGUGCGCUGGAAGACAUCUUGGAUGAUCUGCAGUGUCGCCAGCAGCAGCAGCAGCUCUUCUCAGUCCAGCACCACCAGCAGCAGUCCAGACCCGUGUCUCUGCCCGCCAACGUAGACAAGCAGUCCAUCAUCAACGACAUCCUGCAGAUGACAGAGAACAACAGCAGUCCCACGGGCACCAACACCCAGCAGAAGGCCUUCCCAGGCAUGGGCCCAGGACACUUCAAUGGUCCCAGGAUGGGUCAGCUAGGCCAACGCCCUCCUGUCCGCAGUAUGUCCCUGGAUCAGUCCAACAUGUCUGCCCAUGGUUCUCCCCGACCCUUCCCUCCUCCCAGGAACAGCAGCCCCUACUCUGUCAUGCAGCAGCAAGCCAUGAUGGGAAACCACGGAAUGCUGCAGAACCAGGCUAACAUGGGCAACCCAGGCAUUCCCCAGGCUGGCAUGCAGCAGGGUUGGGGUCCUCAGGGGCCAAUGGGCCAGGCUCUGCAGCAGAGAAUGGGGCCUGAUGGUCGCAUGGUGCCCAACGUCUCAGCUGGAGUCCCCAUGAGGCCCAGCAACCAGCAGUCUGGACCCAGACAGAUGGUCCCAAUGCAGAUGAUGAGAAACGUGCAAUCAGAUAUGGAGAUGGCUGGUCCUCCCUACCCAGGACAGCAGGCACCGCCCAAUCAGACAGCCCCGUGGCCUGACCGCAUGAUGUCAGUGGAUCACGGGCCUUAUGGGAACCAGAACCGACAGGCUUAUGGUAACCCCCAGGAUGAGGUGCUGUGUUCUCCCUUGCGGCCUGGGGAGGGGCCUUCGGACGGGGACGCCCUGCUCAGCCAGCUCUACUCAGUGCUGAAAGACUUUGACGGCCUGGAGGAGAUUGACCGCGCCCUGGGAAUCCCCACUCUGAUUAGUCAGGGCCAGCCAGUGGCGCAGGAGCAGUAUGCCAAUCAGGAGUCACCCAUGAGGAAGCCACCCAUGUAUAGCCAGUACCCCCAGGCUGGUAGCAUGGCACAGGGCAACUACAUGAGCCAGCAGGACCCUGGCUUCCACGGUAUGCCCGGUCAGAUGGGCCAGCGGAUGGGGUACCCCAUGCUCCGACUCCCUGCCCGACCAGGAGGCCCGGUGCCUGCCCAGCCCAACAACCUGAGGCUGCAGCUGCAGCACCGACUACAGGCACAGCUGCAGAAUCGUCAGCCAAUGAUGAAUCAGAUGGGUGUGUCCAACAUGAACCUGCCUCUCAGACCCAGUGUACCCAACCAGGGAACCCUGAAUGCUCAGAUGUUGGCCCAGAGACAGAGGGAGUACCUGAGUAACAUCCUGCGCCAGCAGCACGUCCACCAGAGAGCCAUGCUGAUGCGGGCCCAGGGCCUCAACGCCCCCCCCAACAUGGCUUCAGCGGCUGGGGCAGUGGAGCCCUCACAGUCCCCUGGCAUGGCCCCUGGUUCCAUGGGCACCAACCCUCGGAUCCCCCAGGCAAACCCCCAGCAGUUCCCCUACCCGGCCAGCUACGGUACUGGUCUUACGUCCCCGCCACCCUCCACCAGCCCCUUCCCCCCGCUGUCCCCUGGUCUCCCUGGGGCUCAGCAGCUCCUCUCCCCUCUCCACUCCUCCCCAAUCUCGCAUGGCUCCUCCCAGAUGAGUCUAGCUAACCAGCAAGGGAUGAUGGGAAACGUAGGUGGCCAGUUUGGAGCCGUAGUGAAUCCACAAAUGCAGCAACACCGUGCCUUCCAGUUUCCCAGCUCAGGUAUAAACCAGCAGCAGCAGGACGCAGGCUUCACAGGAGCCACCACCCCCCAGAGCCCCCUCAUGUCCCCCCGCAUGAGUCACGCCCAGAGCCCCAUGAUGCAGCAGCAGGCCCAGGCCAACUCCUCCUACCAGCCCUCCUCUGAGAUGAAUGGCUGGCCUCAGGGCAACAUGUCAGGAAACAGCAUGUUCACACAACAGUCUCAAUCUCAGCAGUACAUGCCCCAACAGUCAAAUGGUGGAAUGUACACCGGCACAAACGCAAACCUGAACAUGAACAUACAGGGUGUCCCCAUGGCCUCCAACGGCAACAUGAACCAAGUGUCAACAGGCCAGAUGACCAUGCCUACAGGAAGCCUGUCCUCCAUGGACCCUGAGCAGGUGAAUCAUGAUAAUGCCUUGAGACGAAGGGAUAGCAUCAUUCUAGACCGGUUGGCUGGAAUUGACAUGUUAACACAAGGUGACACAACUCCAAACUAUUGCUGACCCCGGUCUAUUGUUGGACAACACGGUUUACAAAAGGUCAACACCCAAUGAAAACACUGGCAUCCAACCAAUCAAGGAGCUCCUGCAGUUCUCCCUGAACCAACCAACCGCAUUCACCUUAGUGUGACUUAGGUCCUUCCCAAAUAGGCUACACGCAGACACACACACACUGACACUUGCACACACACACAUAGAAGCAAAACUGAUCCUGUCAGCAGGCAUCUGGUCAGAUAAAUGUAUUCAUUUCAGGGGAUAGAAUGCAGACUAUGGCUCCCCUCAAAUGCUCUUUACUUCUCUUUUUAGGUAUUUUCUUAGUAACAAUAUUUUCUUUGUCUGAUCGUUUCUUUGUAUGCACAGGUGUGAGACAAAAUUAUAUCACAUGGUUUCAAAAAUUAAAUAAGUGAUAUUAUAAAUGGUUUGAAGAGCAUAAACUAUACAAUGAUGUUAAUUUUGAAUGGUUACAUUGUAAAGCCUGACUAAAGUAGUCACUUGAAAGGUUUAUAAAAUAAUUGUUUUACAGGUAUUUAUCGUUUUUAAACUUGAGAAACUUUCUUUGUAUGAAACUAUAAAAAGGGGGCAAGGGUUAAGUUUCUUAACAAGUAUCCCUUAAUGGUACCUUAUUGUGUCUAUUUGAAUUACAUAUUUUAGGUCCUGUAGUUUCAGAUGAAAUUGUCAAAUGACUCCCCCUGCUGCGAUAUGUAUGAAGGUGAAUGUUCAUAGUUUGUAUAUAUUACAGUAUAGAUUAAUUAAUUAAGAUGUAUUUUUUUCUCUCUAGCCUGGUGUUACGACCACUGAAAUUUGACUUCACAGUCAUACCGUUUGUGUUGGAUUAACUAACAAAGGACUGUUUAUCAGGGUUCCAACCAAUUGCGUAAGGAUUUUUCCUUGCACUUCACCUCGACCUCAUCACAAUGAAAGGAAUGGACAGACCUACCAACAGGCAUAACUGAAUACUUUAGGGUGCUCUGACUGUGCUAAUUUUGUAUGCUGGCCUAUAAAAAAGCUGGAAGUGUAAAAUGAACAGGUAAUAUGUAUUUUUCAAGCCAUAUUCCUGUACUAUUCCCGUUUUUGUUUAUCGUCUGUAAGCACAUAGCAAAUAGGAACUCAUAGAAUUUACACAAAAAUUUAGUAGAAUGUGAAAAUUCCAAAUUGUCUGCAAACACUGAAAUGAAGUUGGGCUCACAUAAUCAUGUGUUUAAUAAUGUGUGGCCAGAAAAUAUCUAUUUUGUAGGUUUGCACUGGUUAUUAUGUCACUCUGACGAUGCAAAGGAUAUUUCAAUUUUUUUGUGAUGGACAAUUUCUCCCAAUUAAUGAAACAUUUUCCUAAACAAGGCAUUAUUAAAGAGUUGGGCAAAGUUUUAAGAUUAGGAUGCUCUGAUAUAAAUAUAUAUUCAACAACAAAAAAUGUAUAGAACGAUGUACUGCUCUCAUUGCAAAUCCAAAGAUGUUAUUACUACCUUUAAAAUAAACUGAAGCCAUGUGUUAACUGUGUUAACAGCCUUUUGUAAGGCAUGCAUUUUGGCAAUCAUGACGACAAGUUAAGGAAAGAGUCUGCAUACAAAUAUAACUCGCAUAGUUUGGUUGAAUUGAUUUUUUUUCUUCAAUUCUGACUGAUCAAGACUUUUUUUGUUGUCAAAUGUGUUAUGAAUUUAUAGUUUGCUAUUUUAUCAAUUGGUAAAUAUUACAUGCAAGUACCUUAACAUGCUAAAGACCUAGCAUAAUGCCUUAGACCUGUUGUUCUGUCAUGUGCAUUGCUGUGAAGUUGAAAGUUGUAUCAUAUAUGUAUAGUGAAGUGACAAUACUGAAGAGUGCAUUGUUAUUCAGUGGCCGUAUCUGAAGUGGCACCUUAUUCACUACAUAUAGUGCACUACUUUUGAGCAGGGCCUCUAGGGCACUAUAUAGGGAAUAGGGUGUCAUUUUAGAUGCAGACAAUGUACUUGUGCUAUGGUUAGACUACUACACCCCUGGUUUAUUCAGUUGGUUUUCAGAUCUUUCUUUUUCCCACAUUUUAUUUGUGAUCAGUGAGUUUUAUUAUUUGUACAAUUGUUUCAUAUUUUGACUUUAAGAUGAGUAUGUAAACAAUGGUAAAUCAAAGCAAUAUUGUAAAACAUGAGUUUUUUGUGUAGAAAGCUCAGUGUUGCAGUUCAGAGAUGUUUUUCGAGGUGUGAUGUUCAUAUUAAAUAUCACUUCACCUGCAUCAAUGUUUAUCCAGAGUGGGAGCAUUUAUGUAAAAAGUUUUAUUUACACCUUAUGCAAGCUGUUGACUAAUAUUGCUUUUGCCAAUGCUGCUUGCUAAUUUAUGAUUUAUGCCAUUGUAAAUAAAUUAUUUUUUAUUGUUGA